GGGGGAGGCGCAGGAGGCGGCAUGGGGUUUGGGAUGGGGCUGGGGCCGCAGGGCUUCAUGGGAGCAGGGCGGCAGCAGUUGCCAGGUGUUCCCAUGGGUUUCCCCGGUCCCGGCGGCGGCCCCGUGCCGCCCCCCAUGCCGCCCAUGAUGCCGCCAAGCGGCCCAGGGGACGCAUCCAUGCCACCUCCACCCCCCCACCAGCAGCAGCAGCCGGACGCCAAGCGACCCCGCACGGAGGGCGCUGCGGGUGCGGGUGGGGGCUCGGAGCUGGAUGCCAUCCUGGGCAAGCGCUCCGUCAAGGAGAAGGUCAAGGUGGAGAAGGGCUCCGAGCUGCUUGACAUCCUGGCUCGUCCCACCGCCCGCGAGUCGGCCCGCGUGGAGCAGUUCCGUACGGCAGGCGGCAGCGCCAUCCGGGAGCACUGCCCGCACCUCACCAAGGACGACUGCAGGAGGAUCAACGGUGCCCCGCUGGCGUGCCCCCGGCUGCACUUCUUCCGGGUCGUUCAGCCGCACACGGACGUGUCGCUGGGCAACUGCAGCUAUCUGGACACGUGCAGGAACAUGCGCACCUGCAAGUACGUGCACUACCGGCCCGAUCCCGAGCCCGAUGUGCCCGGCAUGGGGGCCGAGAUGGCGCGACUGAGGGCCAGCGUGCCCAAGUACCUCCAGGCGCUGCAGGCCCCCCAGUGGAUCAACUGCGACGUGCGCCGCUUCGACAUGAGCGUGCUGGGCAAGUUCGGGGUCAUCAUGGCGGACCCGCCCUGGGAGAUCCACCAGGAUCUGCCGUACGGCACCAUGAAGGACGACGAGAUGAUCAAUCUGGACAUCGGGUGCUUGCAGGACAACGGGGUGAUCUUUGUGUGGGUGACAGGUCGCGCCAUGGAGCUAGCUCGCGAGUGCAUGGCCAAGUGGGGCUACAAGCGGGUGGACGAGCUGAUCUGGGUGAAGACCAACCAGCUGCAGCGGCUCAUCCGCACCGGCCGCACCGGCCACUGGCUGAACCACUCCAAGGAGCACUGCCUGGUGGGCAUCAAGGGCAACCCGCAACUCAACAGAUACGUGGAUUGCGAUGUGGUGGUGGCCGAGGUGCGCGAGACCUCCCGCAAACCCGACGAGAUGUACUCGCUGCUGGAGCGGCUGAGCCCCGGCACGCGCAAGCUGGAAGUGUUUGCUCGCAGCCACAAUUGCAAGCCCGGCUGGGUGGGGCUGGGCAACCAGCUGCGCACCGUCAACAUCAUCGAACCCGAGCUGCGGCAGCGCUUUGCCGCGAGGUACGGCUUUGAGCCCGACCCUAACCAGGAGUGCAUGGUGCAUUAAGGAGGAG